UAUGAUAUGAUUGACGGUUAUCUCCAUGAAAAAAGGUUAACAACGUUCAGAGAACUCUGGUUGAAGUAUUGGGGUUUAAUUAGGGAGACAUUCGUAGAUCCAACUUUCAAUCAUCAAGAUUGGGAUCUUAAGCUACAACAAACAAUGGUGGAAAUAUUUCCACUUAAAUCAGCUGAUGCAGCAUACGGGAAGAUCAGUGGAAUGCUCUCCACCCUUGGAGAUCCUUUCACUCGGAUUAUCAGUCCUAAGGUUUUACUGUGAGCUUCAAAUUCAAAU